ACGCUCUGGGAGCAUCCUGACGUCUUCUCGGAGCACAAAGUGAAAACGCAUCUCUGUGAGCUCCGCUUCGUCCUCCUCACACGUUACAAAGCCCACACAGCCUCACAAGGACGGGCUCCAACCUGCGACGCCUUCAGGGACCAUUUUUAUUCCCGUUUUAAUCCCGGCUGCUUCGUUUUUAAUUCGCACGGUCAAAUAUAUCUCUCCCUCUCUCUCUCUCUGUUUUUUUUUUUUUUUUUUUUUUGUCCGUGGGAUACCGAUGGCCACCACCGCCACCGUCCCCCAGCAUCAGCAGCAGCAGCAGCGGAGGGCCGUCGGGCCAGCCAGGACGGCCGGGAUCCAACCAGCACACCUAGCAGGCUGAAGACGCCCUCACCACACCCCGCUGCCUUAACUGACCUUUGACCUCGCUGCAGAACACCAGCCUCCUCUCCAUCGAGCCUCCUUCACGAUGCCGCCACCGCCGCAGAUCGUCCACUGCUAACGCCUGAACCAUGACAGAGAGCCGGCGGAGGAGGGAGCUCAAGAGUAAACAAAAACCAUGUGAGUGUGGAGCCGAAGACGUCAAAGGAAACCAAAAACUGGCAGCUUUCUAACAUGUAGAGGAAGACGGCAGCGACGAAUGUUGAUUCAUCGGCUGGAAAACGACAAACACGACCACGAUUGUCUCUCCAAACCAUUUCAGUGAAAAAAAAAAAAAAAAAUCAAAGACAGACAAUAAGAUUGUGUUAAAGACGACCAAAUCAAUCACACGAGAUUGUAAAAAACAAACCACGCUGGAGUAAAACUUGAGGAGUUGAGAAGGAGCCGCGAUGACGCACCUCCACGCCGGCCUGAGCUCCGAGACGACGGAGAAGGCUCGCCUCGAGCUCAACGAGAACCCCGACACGCUGCACCAGGACAUCCAGCAGGUGCGGGACAUGAUCGUGACGCGUCCGGACAUCGGCUUCCUGCGGACGGACGACGACUUCAUCCUGCGCUUCCUGAGAGCCAGGAAGUUCGACCAGCUGGAGACCUUCAGGCUGCUGGCCCAGUACUUCCAGUUCAGGCAGCAGAACCUCGACAUGUUCCAGAGCUUCAAGGUGGACGACCCCGGGAUCAAGCGGGCGCUGAUGGACGGUUUCCCCGGCGUGCUGGAGAAUCCGGACCAACACGGCCGGAAAAUCCUGAUUCUGUUCGCCUCCAACUGGGACCAGAGCAGGAACUCCUUCACAGACAUCCUGCGGGCGAUCCUCCUCUCUCUGGAGGUGCUGAUUGAGAACCCGGAGCUCCAGAUCAACGGUUUUGUUCUCAUCAUCGACUGGAGCAACUUCUCCUUCAAACAGGCGUCCAAACUGACGCCCAACAUCCUCAAACUGGCCAUCGAGGGCCUCCAGGACAGUUUCCCGGCCCGGUUUGGAGGAAUCCACUUUGUGAACCAGCCGUGGUACAUCCACGCCAUGUACACCAUCAUCAAACCUUUCCUCAAGGACAAGACCAGGAAACGGAUCUUCCUCCACGGGAACAACCUGAACUCCCUCCACCAGCUCCUGCAGCCUGAGUGUUUGCCCUCAGAGUUUGGAGGGACUCUUCCUCCGUACGAUAUGGGGAUGUGGGCUCGGACGCUGCUGGGACCCGACUACAACGACGAGACGGAGUACACGCUGACCUACGACGCGCUGCACGUCAGGGAGAACUGUGGAGGAGGAGGAGGAGGAGGAGACAAGGACAUGAUGAAGAGGUCUCAGUCGGCGGUGGAACCAGGAACUCUCCGACAAACAGACAGAGAGACCAGCACGCCACUACUCGCCCUGGACUGAACACACACACACACACACACACACACACACACACACACACUAGAGCCGUCUCACACACACACACACACAGAUCUAUUAAACACACAUGUACAGACAACAACAAACCACAACACCCACUUUGACACAGCUGCGUAUUUAGCUGGUGGAUUUGAACUCGUCCUGUUGACCUGAACUCUGACAGCGACUCAACUUCCUGUACAGGACACACACACACACACACACACACUCUCUCUCUCUCUCUCACACACACACACACACACAGUCUGUCCUGUCUCUGAGCCGUCUGAUGCCUCCCAGCGGAGCCUCGUCCUCUCCAGCCAGCAGCAUCUCUCCUCAACGUUUUGUUAGUCACACACACACACACACACACACACACACACACACACACACACACACACACACGCACACACGCACACACGCACGCACACACGCACGCACACACACACUGAAAGGAUGAGAGAGAACAGAUUUCAAUCAUAAUAAGUGAGAAACAUUUGUCGCGGUUGACACCAACAAGGAGAAACUUUAAUGGAUCAAACUCUGGUUUAAUAUGAAAAACUGAUUUAUUUAUUAUUUAUUUAUUUAUUUAUGAUGUAAACCAGCUGUGGACAAAACAACACUUCCUCUCCUUGUCUCCUCUCUUCAUCUCCUCUCCUUGUCUCCUCUCCUUACUUCCUUUCCCUGUCUCCUUUUCUUGUUUCCUCUCCUUACUUCCUUUCCCUGUCUCCUCUCCUUGUCUCCUCCCCUUGUCUCCUCUCUUCAUCUCCUCUCCUUGUCUCCUUUCCUUACUUCCUUUCCCUGUCACCUUUUCUUGUCUCCCCUCCUUACUUCCUUUCCCUGUCUCCUCUCUUCAUCUCCUCUCCUUACAACUUCUCUUUAUCUCUUCUCCUCGUCUCCUCUCCCUACUUCCUCUCCUUGUCUCCUCUCUUCAUCUCCUCUCCUUACCUCCUUUCCUUGUCUCCUCUCUUCAUCUCCUCUCCUUGUCUCCUCUCCUUACAACUUCUCUUCAUCUCCUCUCUCUACUUCCUUUCCUUGUCUCCUCUCUUCAUCUUUCUUAGUCUCAUCUCCUUAUCUCCUCUCCCUACUUCCUCUCCUUAUCUCCUCUCCUUGUCUCCUCUCUUUAUCUCCUCUCCUUGUGUCCUCUCCUUAUCUCCUCUCCUUGUCUCCUCUCCUUGAACACUUUCCCCCUUUUUUCACAAACAUUUUCUCAGUUUUCUGACAUUGUAGAAUAAAACAUUUGUGUCGUUUUCUGGGUUUUAGAAGUGAAAACGCUCGCUCGGCUUAAAUUUGUGGUGCGACAGAAUUAAAACACAAAUCAUGAUUUAAUCCCUGAUUAAAGAUAAUCCUUGUUGGUGAAACUCUUGAAAUGUUUUUUUAUCUCCAGUGUUGCUGGUUUCCUCCGUCACUCCUCUUCGUUCUUUAUACCUGCUGGAUUAUUUCUCCUCAACAUGUGAACUAAAAACUUUUAUGUCCUGAUAAUCUGAAAGGAAACACGUCCACAUCUGUAAUCAAAAGGAAAAGAAGCUUCACUCUGGUAGAAUAACGCCACCUUUCCUCCUCAAGAAACAACAACAAAAAUCUACUUUGCACAAGCAUUUCAAAAUAAAAGCACCGCACACGUCGCCACCAGCCGGCAGAUAUUAAAAGCGGCUCACGUGCAUGAAAACGUUUCUACCAGAGUGAAACGUUUCUGUCUGGAUAAAAGAGCUGUGAAGACACGACAGGAUGCCAAAAUAUCACCUUUAACCUCGACUGCAGAGAAGGGAAAGAUUGUUUUUAUUGAAUCUAACUUAUUAUUAUGAAGAUUGUAUAUUAUUGUUAUAAGUAUUAUGA